AACAACACAAGAGGAAACAGAAACAGUAGUUCUAGUUGGAGUGCUAAUGACUUCAAUUUAACAGUAUAUUCACAUGAAAGCCAAGAAGCUUUAUUAACCCCAACUGUAAGUUACAACUCCCUAACGACUAUUGAGGUAUCUAAGGAUCAUCAACAAGUGAAAGUUACUCAUUUACUAAGUGGUAAAUUUAUGGCUAACCAGGAACUUGUAUCUAGCCAAGCAUUACAGAUUAGCAAAGCUCCACUUGCCAGCCAGGUACUUUCUACAACGAAAUCCCCCCAAAUCUUUAAAAGACAACCACAAAUAGAUAGCAAGAGCCCAGACACGAACUUAAAAUCUAUAGAUGUCCAACCCAAUAAAUCACUGAUAAUAAGCCAGAAAACUGGUCACAUCCCAGAUGCUACUCAGUCAACAAUAAGUGAGAAAAAACUGAACCAAGCAACCUUGUUCAGCCAGACAGUUGCAGUUAGUGAGCCAACAACUAUAAAACAGCCAGAAGCAGGUAGGCCAGCACUGGAUGCUGAAUCCCCACAAUGCUUGUUGCUAGACACCGCUCUUCCUUUCUGCUCCUCCAUGGCUGGACGACGGUUUGUCGUGCCCAAUUACUUCAACCAGAGCAGUGUGGAGGAAAUCCAAGCACUCCUCAAUGAGUGGGCUUGGCUGUUGAAUUCUCAAUGCCAUCAUAGUGUGGAGUGGUUUUUCUGCCUCCUUUUGGUACCAAAGUGUGGCUCUCUGGCCCCGCUGCCUGUGUUACCUUGCCAGAGUUUCUGCGAAGUCUUGCGGGACAGUUGCUGGACGCUCCUGGAUGAGGGACGCCUCCCUGUGGAGUGCCACACUCUACCUGAUGAGGAGGAUGAUGGGUAUCAGUGCUUGUCAGUUAGUAACCAGAAAGAAGACAGCGGAGUCUCCCUGCUACAACUGAUUGGAGAUCCUCCUCCGAGUGAGAUCACCCAAAUCUAUGGACCAGACAACACCCCCAGUUUUGUCUUUGGACCGGAUGCCAACACGGGCCAGCUGGCACGGGCCCACCUCCCGAACCCAUUUUACCGAGACUUUUCCCUCAUUUUCAACCUGAAACCCACCACUAACCAGGGCGGGGUCAUCUUCUCCAUCACGGAUGCUCGGCAGAGUAUCAUGCAUGUGGGAGUUAAGCUGUCAGCCGUGCAGAACAACAACCAAAAUGUCAUCCUGUACUACACCAAGCCCAAGUCAGCGCGGUCCUUUGAGGCAGCCAGGUUCCUCGUGACCUCCAUGACGGACACCUGGACCCGUUUUUCUCUUGCAGUGAUGGACAACAAGGUGCUAUUCUACUUCAACUGUGACACAGACCCUCAGGUGGUGCACAUCGAGAGGUCAACGGAGGACAUGGAGCUGGAGAGUGGCGCUGGGGUCUUUGUUGGGCAGGCUGGAGGAGCGGAUCCUGAUAAGUUCCUGGGUGUGAUCGGUGAGCUGAGGGUGGUGGGGGAUCCCUUUGCUGCCAACAGGCACUGUGAGGAGGAUGAAGAUGACUCAGACAUGGCUUCAGGGGAAGGAAGCGGUUAUGUGGAAACCAGACCCCCAAGACCAGGCACGGAAAAACACACAUGGACGACGGCUCGUCCAACUUUGAGGCCCAUUCCGCACCCACCGAUGACCAGGAAUGAUGAGACUGCAAGGGACUCCCAGUACGUUUCACUUUCUGUGGAGUCCAGCCCCGCCCUUCGUGGGCCACAAGUCGAGGCUAAAGGACAGAAGGGCGACAAAGGGGACAGAGGGGAGAAGGGAGAGAGGGGUCCAGCUGGGCCGAAGGGAGAAGCAGGCUCUGGCUCCAGCUCAAGGAGUGGAUCCCGUGGAGAAAAGGGAGAAUCUGGGACAAAGGGAGAAAAGGGCAGCGCAGGCUUUGGCAAUAAAGGUGUAAAGGGCGAGCCAGGCCCACCUGGACCCCCGGGGCCCCCUGGUCCUCCAGGACCUGCACCCGAGCAUACAGUUGGCAGUGACGGCUCAGUUUCGAGAGUUCCCGGACCCAGAGGACCACCUGGAGCACCGGGCCCCCAGGGCCCUCCAGGAGCUGAUGGAGAGCCAGGCGAUCCUGGUGAGGAUGGAAAAACUGGUGCUCAAGGACCUCCAGGCUUCCCUGGAACCCCAGGAGACUCUGGAGCCAAAGGAGAGAAGGGAGACCGUGGAGAAGGCCAUCCAGGCCCGAGGGGGCCUCCAGGUCCUCCAGGACCCCCAGGACCAGGAUUCAGAUCUACCUUUGAGGAUAUGGAGGCCUCAGGAUUCCCUGAUCUGGAAUCUAUUCGGGGUCUACCUGGGCUACCAGGUCCCCCAGGCCCCCCCGGACCUCCUGGUCUUCCAGGCCCCUCUACAGCUGAAACAGCAUCGAGUUCUGCAGCAUUCGGACCACCAGGAAAAGAUGGGGCACCUGGUAAACCUGGCUUGCCUGGCAUACCGGGUACUGAUGGCAAACCAGGAGCUCCUGGUCCCAACGGGGAGAAGGGUGAUGCUGGCGAGCUGGGUCUUCCAGGAGCAAUUGGAGAAAAGGGUGCUCAAGGCGAACGUGGUUUACCAGGAACUCAAGGAGAGCCAGGAUUAGCUGGUCUGCCUGGACCCAGGGGACCAGUUGGGCCUCCUGGACCUCCCGGGCCUCCUGGACCAAGUUAUCGAGUUGGAUUUGAUGACAUGGAGGGCUCUGCUGGUGGUUUCAAUGGACGUCCUGGCAUCGGAGGACCAGAUGGAAUACAGGGUCCUCCUGGAUUACCUGGACUUCCAGGUAACCCCGGCUUGCCCGGCAGACCAGGUGAGAAGGGUGAUGAAGGUCCUGCUGGAAGAGAUGGGCAACCAGGCCUGGAUGGCUUCCCUGGACCUCCGGGGUCAAAGGGUGACAGAGGAGACAAAGGAGAGAGGGGUGAACCAGGUCGAGAUGGAACUGGACUACCCGGUCCACCAGGUCCACCUGGACCACCAGGACAAAUCGUCUACCAGACAUCAGGCAAUUUUGAUGAAGUCGUUGGCAGAGCUGGUCCUCAGGGUGGGCCUGGUUUACCUGGUCGAGCUGGAUUUCCUGGUCCCAUGGGGCCAAAAGGUGACCGAGGAGAUCCUGGUCCUCCAGGCUAUGGUGAGAAGGGUGAAAAAGGUGAGCCAGGCUUGGUUAUUGGCCCUGAUGGAAAUUUUCUGAAUUUGGCACAGCUAGCUGGUCCAAAGGGAGACAGAGGACUUCCAGGACCUGUUGGGCCCCCUGGACCAUAUGGGCCUCCUGGACUGAAAGGUGAAAUUGGAAUGCCUGGAAGACCUGGUCGUCCUGGGAUAAAUGGAUAUAAGGGUGAGAAAGGAGAGCCAGGGGUUGGAUCUGGCCUUGGCUACCCUGGAGUGCCUGGCCCUCCAGGACCACCUGGGCCACCAGGACCCCCUGGCCCAGCCAGUCCUUUAGACCGUUUCAAUCGGUAUGAUGAAAGGAAUUAUCCAGCAAUUAAAGGAGAAAAAGGAGAGCGUGGUGAGCCUGGACUUCCAGGGAUCCCAGGAGCAUCCUCUAAUGUUGAUAUCUACACAUUCAGGAAUGAACUGAAGGGAGAGCGUGGAGAACCAGGUGUCAAGGGAGAAAAAGGAGAGCCCGGUGGUGGAUAUUAUGACCCACGAUUUGGAGGAGUACAAGGACCUCCAGGACCACCUGGCCUCCCAGGUCCAAAGGGAGAUUCUAUAAUUGGGCCACCUGGACCAUCUGGACCAACAGGGCCACCAGGAAUUGGUUAUGAUGGUCGUCCAGGUCCUCCAGGACCACCUGGACCUCCUGGACCCCCGGGGUCCCUUUCAGGAUCAUAUCGUCCCAAUUAUUCUGUCAGUAUCCCUGGUCCUGCUGGUCCUCCUGGCCCACCUGGAGCUCCUGGACUAUCCUCUGGAGUGACUGUUUUGAGAUCAUAUGACACAAUGAUUGCUACGGCCAGACGUCAGGAAGAGGGCAGCCUCAUCUACAUCAUAGACAGAGCAGAUCUUUAUUUGAGAGUACGCGAUGGAGUGCGGCAAGUCAUGCUUGGAGAGUACAAUCCUUUCUUCAGAGAGCUGGAGAAUGAGGUGGCAGAAGUCCAACCUCCACCUGUGAUUCUAUACCCAGAGUCCCAGGACCAAUCCCAAAACAACGGAGCAGGCCAUUACUCUGAGGGUUUCACCUUGAUAAAACCCAUUGAACCUCCAGCACCCACACCCGCCGACCCUCGAUACUUUCCAAAGUAUGAGCCCAGAUUCCCAGACCAGACACACACGGGUCAUACCGAUGGAAGAUUUGCCACCCAGCAGACAGAAAGCAGAUUCCCUGUCACUCCUCAACGACAACCCGUCCCCCCUGUGCUGGAGCCUGCUGGCCGUUUUGACGUACAUGGAUCAGGACUCCACCUCAUCGCCUUGAACAGCCCUCACACCGGUAACAUGCGAGGGAUUCGUGGGGCAGACUUCCUGUGCUUCCAGCAGGCUCGCGCUAUCGGCCUGAAGGGAACAUUUAGAGCCUUCCUGUCCUCUAAGCUUCAAGACCUCUACACCAUCGUCCGCAGGUCGGACAGGGACAGCAUCCCCAUAGUAAACCUCAAGAACCAAGUGUUGUUUAGCAGUUGGGACUCUCUCUUUGGUGACAAUGUCAGCACAAUGAGGGAAAACGUACCGAUCUACUCCUUUGAUGGUAGAGACAUCCUCAGGGAUAGCGCUUGGCCUGAAAAAAUGGUCUGGCACGGAUCAAGCAAGAAAGGCCACCGGCAAACAGACCAGUACUGCGAAACGUGGCGGAUUGGCGACCACGCUGUGACUGGUCUGGCAUCAUCACUACAUAGCGGCCACCUCUUGCAGCAAACCCCUAGCAGCUGCUCCAGCUCCUACAUCGUCCUUUGCAUUGAGAACGCCUUCACAUCACCCUCCAAAAAAUAAUUAUGUCCAUUCUUCUGCUUUUUAAAUUUUUUUUUAAUUUUAAUAAUUCUGGGCCCUAGCUAAACAUCCAUUUUACAUCCAAGCAGACAUGUUUUGUUCUUAAUACCCUGAUAACACAGCUUGUGAACACGUGGCAUCCAAUGAACUGGCCCAGCGGCACUUCGCCCGGCAGGGAGACUUUGCAUUGUCUGCUCCUCCCCUCCAUACACGCCAAAGAGAUGGGUCAAACAGAGGGGUGUUGGUCCCUUUUCUCGGGGGCAUUGGCACAUAUUUUCUUCAAGGGGCAGAACAACAGCAGAGAACCUAAAAGCCUUCUCAAAUUUUAGCCCUUUUUAAAAAUCUGUAUAUUACAUGUUUUUAAUUUGUGCUUUUUUAUGUUAUCAGUGUUUUACCUUUUGUUAAAAAAAAUGCUAUAUCCAUUUUUUUUCUCCAUAUCAUAGGUAUUGAUGAUUUUCACAUUUUUUUUUUUUUUUCUUCCGAAUUCUUGUUUGGAAUUGUGGGUUGUGAUGGGGUACAGCAAACUUUCAAGGACUAUCUUAAUUUGAAAUAAGAUAAUAGAUAUUUAUUUUUAAAUGAAGUAUAAAAAAUGGAAAAUUAAAAAAUGCUAAAUACCCUCAUUUAUAAUCUAUAAAAUAUGGAACAUUUAAAAAAAAUCUUCUGUAAAGAGCCUGUGCCUUAUUACACACACGGAAAAGCUUUACACAAUAAGCUCAUAUACUUCUUUUGUAUUCGUUCUGCUGAUAGCCGAGCAUUAGAACAGUUUUUGCCCAGGUGCACUCAGAUGCAGGUUUUUCACACUAAAGUUUAAACCGUCACGACACUCCUUUUUUGAAUAAUCAUGUACCCAGAGGGCAAGAUUCUUUCUCACAGAAAUUGAGCCUGAUGAUUCUAAAGUGAUUAUAUCCCCCUUUUCGUCUUUCCACCUUAUAAAAUCCUAUCUGCGAUUAAGCUGGAAAUGAUUAGCUUGCUGCUAAUCUUUGUUGGAGUGAUUGCUGUCUCAGGAAGUGGAAAACCAGAAUAAUGAAAACUUUUUUUUUGGCCUUGUCUUAAAUUGCAGAGAGUAACGGCAUUAAUGCUACCGCUGUCUGCAACAAACCUGUGGAUAUCCGUGUUUUUUGUUGUUUUUUUUUGGUUUUGUUUUAUUAUUAUAACUGUGCUGUACUGUUUCUCCCAGGCACUGAAUUAAAGUCUUUUUUUUCAACCAGUAA